GAAGAUUGGUUAGAUGUUGUUCAGGGGAGGGGGCUCCUUUAUAAAACUUACUGACAAGCAAGCUGGUGCUCACACUUUGGUCAUGAUGGCGAAGCUGGGGAUUUUGAUUGCCAUUGCUGUCUUUCUGGAGACGGUCUCUGCGACCUCUCUUGGGGCUGUGUACACAGAGGGAGGGAUGGUGCAGGGUAAAAACAUUCGGCUUGGAUUCCGCCGUCACAUGGACAUUUUCAAGGGGAUUCCCUUUGCUGAUAUGCCAGGAAGGUUUGAGAAACCAAAGCGUCACCCUGGAUGGGAUGGUAUUUUGGAGACCACUGAGUACAGAAAGAGAUGCCUUCAGGUUAACAUUCUCAUGACUGACACCAGAGGCAGUGAGGACUGUCUUUAUCUCAACGUCUGGGUUCCUCAUGGCAGCUCAGUGUCCAGGGAUCUACCUGUCAUGGUCUGGAUGUAUGGUGGUGGAUUCUUGGUUGGAGGCUCAAUGGGUGCGAACUUCCUGGAUAAUUAUCUAUACGAUGGGCAAGAGAUCGCAGACAGAGGAAAUGUUAUUGUAGUGACACUGGGCUACCGUGUGGGCACUCUGGGAUUCCUGAGCACUGGAGACUCCAGUUUGCCUGGAAACUAUGGUCUCUGGGAUCAGCAGGCUGCCAUCGCAUGGGUGUAUAGAAACAUUCGCUCAUUUGGUGGUGACCCUAACAACAUCACUAUCUUUGGUGAAUCUGCUGGUGGAGCCAGUGUUAGCUUCCAGACCAUUACCCCCCACAACAAAGGGAUGAUCAGAAGAGCCAUUUCCCAAAGUGGAGUUUCCCUUUGUCCUUGGGCUGUCAACAAAAACCCUCGCAGGUUUGCUGAGGAGGUUGCUCUGAAGGUCAACUGUCCCACUGAUGAAAGAAUGGCUGCCUGUUUGAAGAUGACUGAUCCUGUACUUCUAACAAUGGCAGGCACUCUCAGUCUGUCCAGCUCUGCUGAUCACCCUGUUGUUUUCAACCUGCUCCUGUCUGCUGUGGUUGAUGGAGACUUCCUCCCAGAUGAGCCUCAGAAUUUGUUCCACAAUGCGGCAGACAUUGACUACAUAGCUGGAGUCAACGACAUGGAUGGACAUAUCUUCACUGCUGUAGAUGUUCCAUCAAUUAACUCUCCAUUGGAGGACACCCCUAUUGGGGAUGUGAAGAGGCUCCUGGCUGCCUACACAAGAGAGAAAGGCAAGGCUGGUGCAGACAAUGCCUACCAAACAUACACGUCAACCUGGGGGUCAAGUCCCAGCAGAGAGACCAUCAAGAAGACGAUUGUGGACAUCGGAACGGAUUACAUCUUCCUGGUUCCUACACAGGCGGCCCUUUACCUUCAUGCUGGCAACAGCGCAACUGGACGAACCUACUCCUACCUCUUCUCUGAGCCAAACCGUAUGGGUGGCAUUGCCAAGCCCUACCCCAGCUGGAUGGGAGCUGACCAUGCUGAUGAUCUACAGUAUGUGUUCGGAAAGCCAUUCACCACUCCCCUGGGAUACUGGCCUCGCCACCGUGACGUCUCUGGUUACAUGAUUGCCUACUGGACCAACUUUGCCAAAACUGGAGACCCCAACAAAGGAGACCUGAGUGUGCCUGCUACCUGGCCCAAAUUCACCAGCACUGGUCAUCAGUUCCUAGAGAUCCAUUCUGAUAUGAACAAGAACUAUGUGCAUCAGAAGAUGAGGAUGCGUUACGUGCAUUUCUGGACCAGCAUCCUGCCCAGCCUCCCUACACUCUACUCAGAAUAAAGACUUUAUGCAGUCACUUUGCGCACCUGCUUUGUGGACCUGUCUGAAGCAUUGGUUCAUGAAAAAUAAAUGGAUGGCGCAUACAAA